AUGGAGUUCAUCGACGCAGCUGGAGACGAGCAAAUGCAAUCAAUGGUACUCGAAGGGGGCGUCAAGGGUUGGGUAAAGAGUGGGCCACAGUUCACACGUCUAAUGGAUGGCUACAAAGAGUCAUACUGGCAAGACCUCUUCGCCCAAGAAGAAGCCAAGAAGGCCGCAGCUCAAGGACAAGACGACAAGAACUUGGUUGGCCAGGGAGACGUGACAAAGUGA